AUGGCCUUCGUGAAUGAUUCCGCCGGGCAAUCUUCCCCCUCUAUUGAUCCCCCACCGUCGCGCGCGGCCUCUGAUUCACAAGUCGAUCUCCCUCUCCGUGUCCAGAAGACCUUGGAUUCUGAGCACACAAUCACACCGUCGCAAGACACGACCACACCUCUCCAGCAAGCUGUGGGCCUGGAUCAAACAGACGAUGCUCGAAAAUUUUUACAGUAUUGUCUCGACGGCCACAACCUUGAGUUUCCAGACAGACCCCGCGAGUUCAUCGUACCUGAGUCGUCCUUUGCCCUACUGCUCGAGGAUUCUGAGUUUGAGUCUCUCAGUAGAGGAUUCAGAAUCUCAUACAACUCCCACAAGUCAGUCCUCACUCUUUCACCUACGCCUGGCCGAAGACACGGUAGAAUCAUCGGAUGGCUCGGUGAUGUCGCCAAAGAGAAAUUAGAUUCGGCUGUCCGGCACAAACUCUGCAUAAUACGUGGCGAGGAUAUUGAUUUCGAAGGAGAAUGGGAAGGGUCACAUAAAGAGCCAGACUUGGGUAUCGCAUGGAUCGAGGACGUUGGUGGGACCGCCUUACACACUGUUGUCGAAGUUGGUGUUUCACGAUCUCGUCAAAGUCUACUCAAUUUGCGAGACCUGUACUUGAAAGGAACGUCCGACGUCUCCAGGUUGAUCUUGGUCGAUCUUGUCACGGACCCCGAGUACACAAGCCCCGUGGACCUCGACAUCCGUGAACUCUGGGCCAUUGACAGAGCGGAUUUCCAAUUAGAUUCGGACCUGGGGCCACUUUGGUACAAGGGUGUCGAGUGGGUCGGGAAGAGCACGCUCGUCUGGGAAGUCUGGGAACGAAAUCUGGACCACGGAGGAGAGCCGACGCAGAUCUUUUCCGCAACCAUUGAAGCCGGUGACUGCGAAACCCGACUUCCAUUCUUCGAAAUACCCGCCACGACCGCAACCGGUAUCGAGGCUGUUACAAUUGGGCCCGCGGAUCUUCGCGUAAUCUGGCAACAUUGGUGGAAACACGCCAUCAUAGACGAGGCAUUGAAUCGGAUGUGCAGCCAUGCCCGAAAUGCGAACAGACGUGGAAACAAGGCCGCGGAAUUGGCGGGGGAGAAAGACAAGUCAGCCAAGAAGAGAGAAGAAGCUAACUAG